AUGAACGAGAGAGAUCCAAGAUCAGUCAAAGUUACCAAAAGAGUUACUUUUCGUGAACCCAUUGCUUGCAUAAUGGGAGAGAGUCCGGUAUCAACGGAACUGAGUAUGUCCGAUGAAACAGGGCCUUGCAAGGACCCUAACAAGAGACAGAAGAGCUCUAAUGAUCCCGAGGCUUCUCUCGGACCGAAAGAAGAGAGCAAGAUCGAACAGAUGAGGGUGAUCUCGAAUGAAGAAAAAGAAGAGGAAGAGCGUUAUGGAGUCUCCACGGAACUAACUCUCUUCACCGAUCCAUGGACCAUCAAGAAGGCACUGACUCCAAAUGAUCUCGACUAUCUAAACAGUCUUUCACUCAACGCCAGCACUGUAGAGAGCCACAUCAUGAGGUUUCUCCACGAGAAUGACCAAAGAAAGGUCCAUGGCUCUGGAUUAGUGGUCAACGUGUAUGAUCACGACACUCAUUCUAUGCACAAGCUGUUGCUGAAGAAAUGGAGCACGGAUCAAACCUAUGCUCUCUACAAUGGAUGGCGUAUGGGUUUUGUCCGCAGAAGAAGUUUGAAGGAUGGAGAUGAGAUUGGAAUGUAUUGGGAUCGUUCUGAUUCCAACCUUCAUUUUCGCGUGCUCUCUCGCGCACCAACAUUUCAGUAA